AUGCAGGUUGGCGUUCCCCGCGAAAAACUCGAAGAGCUGGUAUUCCUGCACAAGGCUCAACCCCAAAGUUCGAGCUUUCAAAGACAUUCUUCGGCCGACUGGGCAUGGGCACCUGCCAGAAGGAGAAUUGGGCUUGGAUCUCUUCAUUUGAUAGUUGGGCUCAGACUUCAUCUUCUGCACAGCCAGAUUCAACCUGGCCUUCUUUUCCCGGAAAAUGGUUUUGAACAGAGUGCUACCUCUUCAGGCUGUUCACCAGGAGUCGCGAAUGAUUUGGUCAGUAUCAACACUGACGCGGCCGCAUUUGUGGUACAGGACCACGCCUCAUAUCUGAGUGGGCUGCGUUUGCCAUGGCACCCCGCAACGGGUGAGGUGAGGUGUGUAUGUUAA